AUGGCGAGAGAGUCCAGUACAGAACGCCAAAUGGGAAAGGGUCCUUUGACACCUUCGGUCAACACCGUCAACGCCCCAACUCUCAUCAACACCCCCACUCCUACCAAGUUCGCAGGACCUCUUUCCAACAACCCAACCUCGGGUCGUUUGACUCCUUUGCGUCCUGUUUCAUUCAUCAGCAAGGACGAUUUCAAGCUAUUCGGCAACGGGAUCGGAUUGUUUCAUCAGAGUACCCCUAAACACCCUUCGCCACUCCGGUCUGACAUCGGAUCGUCGCCCACUUCUUACCCUGCUUCCCUCCCCACUUUCAACGACAAACUCGACAUCAGACACCACUUCAAUGACAAGGGUGAGGGAAAUGACAAGCAAGAUCGAAACCCGGAAGAAGAUAAGACCGACCACCUGCUCAUCACCCGGCUGUUGACCGAUAUCUGCCUCGAACAAAAAGGCGAUACAGCGUUCAGGGCACUGAAGAUCGCGCUCAAGGUCGUCGAGCGGAACGCUUGGACUCUCGGGGUUGGAGCAGAGGAUGAGUGGUUCGUGAAAGCGUGUCAGAUAGCGGACGGGUCAAGGCCAAGGGAGGAAAAAGCGGAUCGGCACGAAACGUUAUCCAUGCAGAAACGUCUGUACGAAUCCUUCGACAACAAAUGGACCGAGGACGAAGGCUCCUUCGAAGACUUGAUGAAAACCGUUCCCUUCCGGGUCGAUCAUAUCGUCAACACGUCUUUGACGAGGCUGAGAUCGCAAGGCAGGAGGAUGAGAAGUCCUUUAGCCGCCAUCAACCCGUUUUGUGGUUCGCCGGAAAGUGAAGCGAAGGAUCGAACCCUCGAUCAGGCGGAAGAGACGGUGCUCUGGGCACCUGGGAAUACACCUUGGGCCAAGGGACCCGUGGAAAGGGUGUUUCCCGAGGAGGAGGAAGAAGAUGACAGCAAACUCAAUAAGGGAAAGGGCCGAGCCAAACGUUACGACGUCAAGAUCGCCGAUGAACCUCCCCAGAUCAUUCCGAACCCUCACAAUUUCAUGGACCGUGACGACUACAAACACAACGAGUUGAUCUACCACCAAGAUGGUGAUCGUUUGCUCAACGACGUCUUUCAUCGAAUGGCCGGACCUUCUCGCUUUGCCGAAGCGUACAUCGAGUCGGUCGAUAGUCAGGAUCAUGAGCGUUCGUUGGACGAGGUCAUGCAUCAGAUGAUCGAACAUGCCAAGUUCAUGUCGUUGCAAGGAGAUGCCGCGAGCCUCUCCAACAUGGACUUCACGUCGAUCGUGGACGACAACCGGGAUGUUCAGCAUUGCGACUUUACCAAAGAAUACGUUGACACCUUGUUAUUCAACCCGUCGCCUGGUUCAGUCAAGGACACGCACGUCACUUGCAUGGCAAAUGAUGCGGCCGAACCGCUCUGGCUCCUCGAUCCAGCUCAUCAGGAUGCGACGCGACCGUCAAACGUUCCGGGACAGUAUUCCGACGACAGCGUCUCCGUCACCAUCAACCAUCAACGCUAUGCUCGCCAGCCAGAAUUCAAGCCGAGGAGGCGGUUCGCUGUCGAUUCGGUCGCAGCUUGCAAUUUUAAAGCUUGA